ACAAUUUUCUUACCCACUGUGUCAUGGCAAAAUGAUUUGCAUAAAAAAAGUGUUAACAUGUCUGGCGAGGGGCGAUUGAACGAGUUUGAUGUCGGCACAUUCAUUCAAGUAAACUAAAUGUUGUGGAACUUCUAUAGUAUUUAACAAGACAUUAGAUGGCCAACUAAUAGACAUAAAGCAAUUUGAAUAUUCAAGUGGCCCUAGUGGCAAAUGGUAAAGUUGCCUCUUAUUGAUAUCCUCGCAUUGUUGGCCAAGAACUGUACUAACACACUACUACCACAAAGAACUUGGCUCAAACUGGCCAACACCAAAGAAAUGUAUGCAAAAUGGCGCAUUAGCAUUUCAACAAUUCGGAAUACGAAGGGGGGGCAGAACACAACAACAAAAAAAAAAACACACAGAACUAAGAAAUUGAUUGAGCCACAACACUAGUUGGCCACCCAUUUAGACCACCAACUCUCAGUCCCUCGUUGGUUGUGCCUAUAAUUUCGUUUGUGCCUCGCUUCUGACCAGAAUGUCCAAUGCGGCCUUUCAGUUUUGUUCUGUCAGUCCACGCGAACGGUUCUCGCCGGCAUCGCGAGUCAAACUGUUUUGUUUUUCCCCCUUUUCCCCCCUCUCUUGUAUCCUUUCGAAAGUAUUUCGCGUCGAGUACUGAAACCAAAUCGAAUCGAAUUCCAAUCCGAAGUGAGGAAUUUUGCAGAGGUUAUCAGCAAGGCACGUGGACAACCAAACACAGAGCGAACGAAGAGCGAUGGCAGCCAGCGCCGGGGCCAGCAGCUGGUCGGGCAGCAGCGGUGGCAGCACAUCCUCGCAAGGACGCCAACUGGCCACCGCCCAGCCAGCCCAGGACGAGCGUCUAGUGGUGGCAGUGCGUGUGCGUCCCAGCCUAGAGGCCACUGAACGCUGCAUCGAGGUCAUCUCGGGUGGUUCGCUGCUCUACGAUGAUGGUGGCAAGAGUCGCCCUCGCAAAUACUCCUACGAUCAUGUCUUCAAGGAGAACGACACCCAGGAACAGGUCUACCGCACAACAACAGCUCCACUUGUCCGGGAUGUGCUCAAUGGCUACAAUGCUGCGGUGUUUGCUUACGGAGCAACUGGUUCUGGCAAGACGCACACCAUGCUGGGUCCUGUGCCUCGCAAGAAACCCUCGACAGCGGAUCGCGGAAUUGCCACAGCGCCAGGACACGAACCCGAUGUGAAUAGUCAGGACAUCGGUCUGAUGGUGCGUGCCAUCGAGGAUAUCUUUGGAUAUAUUGAGGCAGCUGGACCGGAGAGUGCUUGCAAAGUAUCGAUCUCCUAUUUGGAGAUCUACAAUGAACUAAUCAGGGAUCUUCUCAAUCCUGGUGGUCCGUUAGAGCUGCGCGAGGAUCAUCGUGGACAGCGCAUCACUGUGGCAGGACUCUCUGAGAUCACAACGUCCAGUCGCAAGGAAGUCGUCAGUCUGCUGCUUAAGGGCAACAAGGCGCGCACCAUGGAACCCACAGCCGCUAAUCAAACAUCUUCGCGCAGUCACGCGCUGCUCAGCAUCACGGUACAAAUGCGCACACCGCUGGGCACCAAGCAGGGCAGACUCUUCCUCACCGAUCUGGCUGGCUCAGAACGCGCCAAGAAGACUAAGAAUCGCGGCAAGCGUUUGCAAGAAGGUGCGCACAUCAAUCGAAGUCUUUUGGCACUGGGUAAUUGCAUCAAUGCCUUGUCUGGAGGAGCUCGCUAUGUCAACUAUCGGGACUCAAAGCUGACUAGGUUGCUAAAGGAGGCUUUAAGUGGUCGCUGUAAGACGGUAAUGAUUGCCCACGUUGCACCGGAAAGCAAGCAUCGCGAUGAGACCAAGAACACGCUGGUCUAUGCGGAUCGUGCCAACAGUAUCACGACCAAGCUGCAGAGUUCUGUCUACAUCGAUGAGUUUAAGAACUUUCCCACCAAGCACUAUCAGAGUCUGGUCUCCGAGCUGCGCGACGAGGUGACGCGAUUGCGCACCAAGAUGCUCACCGAACGUCCUCGCAGCGGAGCAGCUGCCGCCGCAGCUGCAGCAGCGCAGACUACGCAACAGCCGCCUAGUGAGGAGUUGAAUGAGCAGCGCAAGACGGAGCUGCGUUAUCUGCGGGAACAGAUUGUCUUGACCUUCAAACAGCAGAUGAAGCUACGCAGAAAGUUGCUAGAGGCAGAGAGUCAUCUCCUAGGCUUGGAACUGGAUGCGGAGCGACAGCACAUGAUCAUCUCGCAUUGGCAGGGACGCAUUGGCAAGCUAUACGAUGCCCCAGGAGAUGAUGAUCUAGAGUCGGAAGGUUCUGUGGCUCUAAAAAACGCCUGGGGCGAGUUAGCGGCAAUUGAGAAGGAGACGCGACGCUACAAGGAGAUACGCGAGAACACCGAGCACGAGCUGGAGCUGUGCCGCCAAAAGGGUGUUAAGCUAGAAGAUGAGCUUCCGGAACGCAUCACCAGCGAUGAAGAACGCGAGCUGCUCGCCCUGCUCUGCCGCGUGCACGAGCUGGAAGCGGACAAAGUCUCGCUGCAGGCGGAAAGAUUGGCGCGCCAAGCGGAACUGCGACGACGCGAUCUGCAGUUGCUGAGGGCGGAAAGACAGCGUCGCUUGUGUGAGGACAUUAUCAGCUCACAACGACGCCUCAUCGAGGAGGGCAACGUGGAGCUGCCGGAUGAGCUGCGCGAACUCUACGGACUCUAUCAGCAAGAGAUACACGCUGGGGUUGUUACGCCCAGCACCAGCAACUACGACAAGAAGCUGCCGCCCAUCUACACAGCCGGUUCGGACUCACCUGGUUCCAGCUCCAGCUCGGAAUGGUCGCCAGCCUCGCCUUUGCCAGCCAUCGAGGGUCAUGCCGAGCAUGUGAUUGCCGAGGGACCAGAUCGCCUAAUGGGUCCGCCUGUCAAUGCGCGACUGCCACGUCUGUCCACGGCAGUGGCUGCCACCGGCUUGCGGCGCCCCUCGCUGCGUCUGGGCAAACAGACGCAUCCUUAG